AUGUCUGCAAUCUUUAAGGAAAAGAACACGGCCGUCAUCACGGGCGCAGCCUCGGGCAUCGGCCUCGCCCUGGCCAAGAAGUGCGUCGGGUACGGCAUGAGGGUGCUCGUCGCCGACUGGGACGCCGACAGCCUCGAGAAGGCGGCGUCCAGCCUCGGACAGGGCGCUGGUACCAUCCGUGUGGAUGUCGGCAAGAUCGAGGACUGGGCCCGAAUAAAGGAGAAGGUCGUGCAGGAUUUCGGAGGCCAAAUCAACCUCUUAGCCCUCAACGCCGGCGUGGGCCCCAAGACGUCCUUCGACGACGCGGACCCGGCGGCCUUCCACAAGAUCAUGGACACGAACCUCUUUGGCGUCAUCAACGGCAUCACCACGCUCCUGCCGCUCAUCAAGGAGAAGUUCUCCUCUUCUUCCUCUUCUGAUGGUGGCGCGAGCGCCAUCGUCAUCACGGGCUCCAAACAGGGCAUCACGAACCCGCCCGGCAACCCGGCCUACAACGCCAGCAAGGCGGCCGUCAAGACGCUGGCCGAGCACCUGUCGUUCGACCUGCGCGCCGCGGCGCCCGCCGUGGGCGUGCACCUGCUGGUUCCGGGGUGGACGUGGACGGGGCUGGCGGGGGCGGCGGGCGGGGGGGAGAAGCCGGCUGCGGCGUGGUGGCCGGAGCAGGUUGUUGAUUUCCUGGAGACGAAGGUGGCUGAGGGCCAGUUCUGGGUCCUGUGCCCGGAUAAUGAUGUUACGGAGGAGGUGGAUUGCAAGAGGAUGCGCUGGGGGGCUGAGGAUGCGGUGCUGGGACGCAAGCCGCUUAGUCGGUGGAGGGGGGAGUAUGAGGGUGAGUUUGGGGCGUGGAUGGGGAAAUGA